CAUCCGGCCGUCAAGGUUCUUUGUGCACGUAACUAUUGGCUGGAAUCAUAACGCCCCCUUGAAGCACGUGACAAAAAAGUGCCACACAAUUUAAAUACAAGACAACGAAUCAAAACUCUUUAUAAAUCAGUGGUAUUCAAACGUUUUCAUUGGGGACCGAUGUCCAUCAGAUUUUCCACUAAUGCUCCUUAUAUGACACAUCACUGUACUCUUCUGUAAACUGGCCGUAUCUGUAUACCAGUCGCAAGACCCACUGGUUGAUGCUUAUUUAUAAAACCCUCUUAGGCCUCACUCCCCCUAUCUGAGAUAUCUACUGCCGCCCUCAUCCUCCACAUACAACACCCGUUCUGCCAGUCACAUUCUGUUAGAGGUCCCCAAAGGACACAUCCCUGGGACGUGUUUUUUAAUACAUUUUGACGACCACACUGCAGUUCCCCCGGAACACCACUAGGAGUAGCGACCUCGACUUUGAAUUUAAUUUAAUUUAACCUUUAUUUAACUAGGCAAGUCAGAUGAUGGCUUUUGAAAGCACUGAAAAUAAGUAUUGUAUUAAUAACAUAGCCUUCUAUCAAUAGCCUACUAUCAGUCAUGGAAGAAGACUGCUAUAAGGUUCACUUAAUGCAAAAUGCGCAUAGCCCUAUAAUAAGCCAACUACAGGUAGUCAUUCUGUAGAGGUGAGAUGUUUACAUUGUGUGCAAGCAGCAUAUAGCAUAGCCAUAGUAUAGGGCCCUAGGCUAUAGAUUUUGUAGAAUGGCUGCAGAUCAAUGGACUAGUGGUAAAUGAUGACCAAAUGAAUUCAUUUCCAGAGGGAGAAGAAUUAGAAUGUAAUUUCUUAUUUAACCAGGAAGUUGAUAGAUAAUUAAACAGUGUCUAGUUAGUCUCAGAUAGGCCUUGUGUCAGAAAUGAUGAUGACAUGAAAUGCCUAAAAUCGCAUUAUAUCUUCAUACAUCCAAACACCUUUAUAUCACCAACUUUAGCCUACUAUUCAGUGAAGGACAUAGGCCACCUUUUGGAAGUCUCAACAUGUAUUUUUCGUACUUAGCCUGAAGGCAAUUGUGUAAUUUUGUAUUGUUUUUUUAUUGUGUAACUUAAUAUGCCCCAUGAGGUGAAGGAGCUCCUCAUAAUAACAACAAAUGCCGCAUCAUCCCGCGGAAAGGUUACCACGGGAACGAACCACCGUGGGUGGCCGCCUAGCGGGUCAGUGUUUUGGGUUGGUGACUCGGCUAUGUGUGCGUCCCAUCUCCUUUCUACUGAAGUCUGCACUCGUUCACUACUUCCCACAAAUCUAAAAGCACUGGAUAAGUGGAGGAUGGGAUAGAGGGAGAGUUGCUAUAAGUAUUCAUUAAAGGACUGUAUGGGUAUAGGCUAAACAUAACCAACAGUAUAUUUAUUAGUAAUUUCCUUUCAAAUCAGUGAAGGGAAGUGAACAAGUAAACACUUUGGGAGAAAGGAGAUAUAAACAGGGCCGCUUGGUUGGUGAGGGUGGCGGUGACGUGCCCCAUGCAUGCCCGGUCUAGCUGGCUUGUUGUAGCAACCACGGUUGCCACGGGGAAGGGGCUGAAUGAAACAUCUCUGCUGUGAUGGUAGGAUGGAGAGCCAUAACAUAAUCAUCAUCACACAGAAUAGGCGACGAGGAAUGGAGACAUUCAAUGUACUUGGGAAUGAAAUCUCUCCGGGAGACGCACUACCGGGUCCGUCACACAACGAGACCGUUUGGAGCUUGUCACCUUCACCGGGCACCGGACCCUCACCUGUAUCCGAACUCUCCUUCAGCCUAAAGAGCCUUCGAUGCCACGACGGCGCCGACACCCCGCGCAGAAAGCUGCGACUGACGCCGGAGCUAGUGACUCCCAGUCCGCCUGGGCCCACGCCGGGUUCGACUUGUGGCAGAGGGCUUGCCCCUCAGGGAGACGAGACGCCGACAGGUAAUGUCCUAACAGACUCCGGGAACAGGAGAAGGGGAGAGAGGUUUCUCUCCCCUGCAUGUUCUGCUCCUAAAAUGAAGCGUCUGCGUGUGAAGCUGUCGACCCGGUUCUGCAGCGCUGCAGUUCAGAGGUCAGACCCAGGGGUCAGGGGCCUCAGAUGUCAAGGUCAGAGUUCCCCGCCAGGAGGCGGAGCCUUGCGUAUCCGUCAGGGUGACGUGGAGCUGCCAGAUGUUGAGGCAUUGCUCUCUGUACGGCGGGUCAGGGCCAGGAGGCGGCAUUUCCCUCCCAGUAGCCUCCUGGGUUCUACCAUGGAGGACCACACCCUGACAGGAGAUUACAGCAAGCCACUACUGUUACCAGUAGAGAGAGUGGAACACCAGGAUCUUCAAUGCGUCUCAGCCCAAACAGUGGCGUCUCUGCUAAGAGGACAGUACAGCGGUACAGUGGGAGACUUCCUCAUCAUAGACUGUCGCUACCCUUAUGAGUACCACGGUGGACACAUCAGGGGGGCAGACAACCUCCACACCGAGGCUCAGAUCCAGGAGGCUUUACUCCAGAUCCCUGCCCUCUACCAGCUCUCCUCCUGGGGCAGAGCUCCCACCAGCCCCCCUGGACAGGCUCCAGAUCCAGGCAUCAGUGGUACUUCCAUGGGUGGAGUGUUACAGAGGUCCAGCUCACAGUCACAUUCACCCGGAAGUGGUACCACGCCACCAGAACAGGGGUCACCCAUGGAGGGGUCAUCGCCACGGAAACUGAUUGUGUUCCACUGCGAGUUCUCGUCAGAGAGGGGCCCACGUCUAUGUCAUUACCUGAGAGAGCUGGACAGAGCGCUCCAUGCCUCCCUCUACCCUCUGCUCUUCUACCCUGAGCUGUACCUGCUGGAGGGGGGCUACAGACACUUCUACUCCUGCUACCCGGAGCUGUGUGAGCCGCGUGGCUAUGUUCCCAUGCUCCACAGGGAGUACAGAGAGCAGCUGGGACGAUUCAGACGGAAGACCAAGUCACGACUCCACAGGAGACUGCCGCUCUACAAGACUCACUGAUUGGACAUUUGCUUGCAUACCAAGUUUCUACGGUUCUCUUUACACAAUGGUGACUGCCACCCUUACAGUCUGCUGUCAGAUUGGAUAGAUUGGUAUCAGGUGGUUGUUGCAGAUCUCUUUUGAAAUGAGUUAUCAAUAAAGUUGUUUCAAUACAAAAAGAAUGUGUCAUUAUCAUGGC